AUGAAGACGCCCAAGAAUCAGUCGGCUAAAGCGCGAACUGUGAAAUGGCAUGAGGUUCCCGAAUGGCGGGUCGAUAACCGGAUCAUCUGCAGCGGCUAUCGACUAGCAAAAGGAGGCUAUGUGGGAGCCUUCACCGGCCUGACUACCUUGCAUAACGAGACUUUUAAUGUGUAUACCCACCUGAUCGGGGCUCUACUCCUACCAUUCAUCGCCUUUGCCUUCAUGUCGGUCUUUUCCGACCCUCGAUUUCUCAACGUUUCGAUAAGAGACUAUGUCGUGUUCGGACUCUACUUUAUGGUUGCGGAAGCUUGUUUAAUUUUCAGCGCUGUGUACCACCUGAUGAAAGAUCACUCAGAGAAAGUUGCAGAGUUCUGGCAUGGAAUGGACCUGCUGGGUAUCGUCAUCGUGACGGCGGGCACAUUUGCUUCGGCCAUCUACUAUAUCUUCCUCUGUGAACCGAGAUUGCAAAAAGUGCACUGGGCGAUCAUCUUGACCUCGAGCACUGUCACUGCCGUUCUCAUCUCCAACCCCGCGUUCAGAACGCUGCGCUGGCGGAGUGUGAGGGUGGGCGUCUACUUUGCGCUUGGCGCAUCAUCGUUCAUACCGCUAUUGCACGGAGUCCAGCGGUACGGACUCGGGUACAUGCUGCAAUACGCGGGAAUGAAAUGGUAUCUGAUAGAGCUGGUUCUCUACGGCGGGGGUACUGGUCUGUACGCGUUCCGAAUCCCAGAGCGCUUAGCACCGGGCAAAUUUGAUAUCUGCGGGAGCUCGCACCAGAUCUUUCAUAUCUUGAUCGUGUGCGCCAUGCCCGCACACAUGACCGCCUUGAUGCACGCUUUCACGGAGUGUCACACAUUGGAUUUGUGCAAGAUCAAGGGC